AUGACUAUGACAUUAUCUACUAGUGACAAGCUAUCUAUGGCGUUGGAUGAUAUUCCUCCGAAAAACACAGGGAAUCGUAGUGAGAGAUUUAGACCUGGCGGCGGGGGAAGGAGGCGAUUCACGAACGAUCGGAGAUUCCAGCAUGGAAUGGUAAUUAAACACAUUAUACGCAUAUCAAAUCUAGACCAUACGAUACGGGAUAAUGAUUUGAUGGAACUAUUUAGUUCAAUAGGUCCAGUAGUUAAGACUUGGAUUGAUUAUGAUCGGACCGAUAGGUCUCUAGGGACAGGAGGGUGUAUUUAUGAAAGGGAAAGCGAUGCCAAGCAAGCAAUGUCACAAUUUAAUGGUCGCAAAAUCGAAGGCCUUCCCAUAAAUCUUGAAUAUCACCGAUCCAAAUAUCCCAAUACACAAAAUCGUUUCACACGCAACUCACGUGCCAAUCGCUUUAAUACCAAGGAUAGAUUAAUUAAAAAACCAAUAAAAUGCCCCUGGUAA